CAACAUACACACUAAUACUAUACAUACUAUCUUCUUCUCAAACAUCUCUCUACUUUACAACUUCAUUUUCAUAUUACCAAAUCAAUAAGCAUUAUGGGUAUUUUCACAUAUGAGAAUGAUACCACUUCUACCGUUGCACCUGCUAAGUUAUUCAAAGCUGUGGUGCAUGAUGCUGAUGUCAUUGUUCCUAAGGUUGUUGAUUCCAUCAAAACUGUUGAAAUCGUUGAAGGAAAUGGUGGUCCUGGCACCGUCAAGAAGAUCACUUUUGUUGAAGGAGGACAAACCUUGUAUGUGUUGCACAAAAUUGAAGGUAUUGAUGAUGCCAAGUUUAAAUAUAAUUACAGUAUAGUUGGAGGAUUUGGUAUAUCAGACAUAGUUGAGAAGAUAUCAUUUGAGGCCAAAUUGGUUGAAGGUCCAAAUGGAGGAUCAGUUGGGAAGACGAUUGUUAAAUAUCACACCAAAGAAGAUGCUAAGCCCAUUGAAAAGGAAGUUGAAGAAGGCAAGGCUAAAGGUGAUGCUCUUUUCAAAGCCAUUGAAGGUUACCUUUUGGCCAAUCCAAAUUACAACUGAUGAUAUAAUACAAUCAUCACUGUCCUUUAUAGCCUUGUUGUUGUCUUCUUAAUACAAGUGAGUAGCUUUCAAUGUAAUAAUGUGUUCUGCUGUCUUGUUUGUUACUUUUGCUUUUGAAUUUUGAGGUUUGGUUUGGUACUUUGUAAUUUGUAUCUCACUUUAUCAAUAAUCGACAACUUAAUAGUUUUUGGAGAAA